CAAGAAACUAGUUAUUUUUGUCCGCCAUGGCAAAGCAGUAUGACGUUUUGCUCAGGUUGCUACUUUUAGGAGAUUCCGGGGUUGGAAAGACCUGUUUGUUGUGCAGGUUCACGGAUAAUGAAUUCCAUUCGUCGCAUAUCUCUACACUUGGAGUGGAUUUCAAAAUGAAAACAUUAAAAAUAGAUGGCAUUAAAGUGCGCGUACAGAUCUGGGAUACUGCUGGCCAGGAACGGUACCAGACCAUCACCAAGCAGUACUACAGACGGGCACAGGGUUUUAUCCUGGUGUAUGACAUCACUAGUUCCCGUUCCUUUCAGCACAUUGUGAAGUGGGCUAGCGAUGUGGAUGAGUUUGCACUUGACAAGGUGCAGAGGAUCCUGGUGGGGAACAAGGCUGAUGAGGAGCAAAAGAGGAAAGUGCCUAAAGAACAAGGGAACAAGCUAGCAAAAACCUAUGGAAUGGAGUUCUUUGAGACAAGUGCCUGCACCAACUGCAACAUAAAUGAGUCGUUCACCCGGUUGACAGAGCUGGUCCUGCAUGCUCACAAGAAAGAGAUGGAUGCCUUCCAGGGUUCAAUUAAUAAAUACCUAGACAUGACUUAUCUGGAGGGAGAGCAGGACAAAGAGGACAACUCCCAGAAGGCCUGCGCAUGUUAGCAUGAGGCAAAACUCUCAACCUGGGAGUGUU